AUGGUCCUAGGGUAUAGUUAUUCUUUAGACUGUGAUUCAGAGUCUGGAAAGAAUAACCUUGUUGAUUUGGAGGAAUUCCCUGCCUUAACAAAAUCAAAACCUAUCAGCUUCAGCGGUGUAACGUGGAAAAGCCAAGUUUUUGUACCUACUGAGGAUUCCAUAGAGUCAGAGGCCACUGGAAAUAGCUGUUUGAAUGUCUCUAAAAAGAAACGCUUAAAAAAGAAGAAGAAAAAGAUUCUUUGCAGUGGGGAAAGCACUGAUGAUAGCUCUCCCGCGAAGUGUUGUGACUUCUGUUUUUUUGUGAGCGAGGAAGUGGAAAGCACAAAAGCAAAUCAACCGUCAUUUCGUGAAACUCAUUUCGAAUUCAUAAAAAGUCACACUAAAUCAGAUACAAUAGUAACCAAUGGAGGUAGUCAUUUAACAGAAUCUUCGAUUGUUGAGGUUACCAACCCAUUUCAGGUGGAGGAUGAAGGUUUCGUUGAGGAGUUAAUUGACUAUGCAACUAACCAUCAUCUUGUUUCUUAUUCUUUUCCCACGAAUACGUCAAAUAUUCUGUCCUCUAGUUCUACUGAGCACUUAAUCCAAUCUAGACCUAUUUACGAAUCACGAAUAAUCAGUCCCACAUGUCCGCUAAACUCCACAAAAGAUCAAAUGGCUGCAUUAGGGUUGAAUCACUCUGUGUCCAAUGCUUUAAAACUUCAAACAAAUCCUAUUAAAUGCCCUGUUAAAGAAAAGACACUAAGAAAUGUGCGACUAACUAAUACAGAACAACAUGCUCGAAGUAUGAGUCCAUCUAAUCUUACUGACACAUAUCUAUCUUCAAAAGAUACAAAUGAUCUUAUCGACGAAGAUGAUAUGGAGGGUACAGAUCUACUUCAUUUAAUCAGCAAUUCAUUAGAUCGAUUUAAUGCUAUUGUUCACCCACGAGAUAAUAUAUCAACAUUAACAUCUGGUUUAGGUGAAUCUAGAAAUAUUUUAUCAGAAUCUGAGAGUAGUAAUAGUUACUCUCAAGAUUGUCUAUUUCCCACUGAUAUUGUUACAAAACCUACUACAAUAUUAUCUGCUGAUAGAGAAUGUAAAUUCUCGAAUAUGAUGAAUAUAGGCAAUAAAUUAGUCCAGAAACACUUUAAUCAUUCAUCGUUGUUAAUUUUGGAUUCUGAAGUAGAACAAGCUGAUAAACUUUUGGAAAUAAAUAAUUCUUCAUAUACGACUACUACAACAAGUUCAUCUUUUGGGCGUUUACCACUAUCAUUAUCGUACUCAUACUCAAAUGAGGUCCCUUUAGCUUCUUGUCAACCGAAUACGACAUACUAUUCCAAUAUUCCAUCAACUAUACCAAUCGAUGUUACUGUUCCCGCUGUCACUAAAUAUAUUGUGCCACCAACCGAUUCUAUACAAGCUAAAAACGUUCUUACGGAUAAGUCAAAAUCAUGUUGGCCAACUUUACCUAUUAAUGUAACUCAACAUAAUCCAAAAGUGUUAACUUCAUCCACAGAAUCAAACAAUUUACUUGUUGAAUUAAUUAACAAUAACCGAAAUGUGUUAACUGAUAAUGAUAUAGAAAUGUUAAAUUAUUUAAAUUUGGAUUUAAAAAAUCUUUUAUGUAAUGUUUCAACUACUAAUACCACCAAUACAACUGCUGUUUAUACAACUUUAGUUGAUUCACCUUCUCUUCAUCAUAGUAGUGUUAAUAAUAACAAAUGUAACUCAAUGGGUUUAUUUGUUAAUCGAGACGAAAAUCUAUGGAAUCAUAGUAAAUCAUUUCAAUCCAAUAUGUCGUUAAUGCAUAAGACGCAACCACUAAGACAUCCAUCUCAGUCACCUCAAACAACAAGUCUACCGCCAUUAUCGAAAAUAUUUCUUCAGCAUUCUAAUACUGUGUCAUCAACUCCCGUAGAUGUAAUGAAAUAUGAAUGUUUAAAUGAUGAUUCAGAUAAAUUUCGAAUGAAUUCAUCUGAUAAAAUGAUAUUUAAUACGAAAUGUAUUAAUAACGCAAAUAACAAACGUAAUGAUAAUUUUAUCGCAUCGUUCUCAUUAACAUCAGUAAAUAAUUCUACUGGAUGGUCGAAAGAAGCAAUUAAUACCUUGCCAUGCGACACAAGAAAUAUGUUAGCACGAUCGCAUUCAGUUGGAUAUCAUCAAGAAACUUCUGUUACUACAUCAUUAUCUACAAUAGGACCAGGAGUAACAAUGACAACAUCAUGCUCUAUUAAUCGUACACCGAUUAUUAACGUGAAUUAUCCAUUAACAACUGGAAAUUUAAAUACGAACCGCUUACCUAUUAUUGGACAUUCUACAUCUACAUCUGGUAAAAAUAAAAUGACGUCUGUAAGUUUACCACUACCAAUGUGUACUACUAAUUCUACUGUGAAAAAUUUAAAUGGAUCACAACAACAGGAGGGAUUUUCCAAUGCUCACUGUAGACGACAAAGCAAUAAUAAUAUACCUUCGAACAUUGGCAACAUUUCAGUUUGUUCAGUGGGUACUUUCACUUCAGUAAAACAAGCAGGUUCGAAUUCCCAACUGUCAUGUAAUAAAUCACGUUGUUGUACAAAUGGUCAAAUGGCACCAGGAGCAGCGACGACUAUAACACCAUCAGAUUCAUCAUUAUCAUCAUUAUACCCAGGUACAGAAUUAGUCAACGGAAAACCAGUUGUAGCUAAAUGGCGUCGUGCGUGCAGCUUUUACUUACGUGGACAUUGUAAAAAAGAAGAUUGUGAAUUUGCACAUGAUUUAACAAAAGUGACUUGUAAAUUCUGGGAGAUGGGUGAGUGUUUCAAAGGUUCCACCUGUCCAUUUCUACACGGUUAUCCACCAGAAUUGAAUAUUGAGCAGCAGCAUUCAUAA